AUGCCAUUUGCCUGUCUAUGCCAGCAAGUGAUGCGCAAAGAGGACUACUGCCAGUUGCGUACUGCUCACGUCAUCGUGCAAGCUGCAACCGCAGCCCUCAUGGAAAGGCGUUACAUCCUCUUGUGCCCGCCACUGGAGCUGUUGCAAACGGUCCAUGCCACCGUCCGUUUGCUGCUGCUGCCCACUGCAGAUAGUAGAUUCUGGACUGACAUCUUUUCGCCUUGCCUCGCGUGGGCACUGACAGCAUUUCGCGGGCGAGACCUGGUCACUACCUUGGCCGCCUGUGUGGCCUUUCAGCGUUUUCAUGCGGCCCAGCACAUUGCUGCUGCUCUAUGUGCUGAACCAGCUACUGCGAAGAGAGACAUUUGCGUGUGGGCUGGGAGCCUGGCGGUUCUGGCAGGUUUUCGUCAUCUCAGAGGUCAACUACUUGAAGCCAGCGCGGCUUCUUUUGCCGAGGCUUGCACGGCGUAUGCGGGUUGUUUGGAAGAGUCCGAGGCGCGUCAGUUGCUUACCUUUGCCUUGGCAGCAGGCCUGCAAGGAGUAUAUGUCACGUACCCAAGAUUGGAUGAGCUGACGGACGCGAUCCAGGUGGAGCAUCCCAAAUCAGCCAGACAGACCAAAUCCAGGAUGCACGAGGAGGUCUUGCAGAGCCUUCUGAUCGUCGUGAGUGGCCCAGCGUCGCCACUCGUAUGCCGACCUUCAUUGUCAGCAGAGGAACCAUGCGUGAUCUACUCGAUAGAUAUUGCAGUGCGCCGCCCGCCGUCGCGCGCUGUAAAAGAUGCGGCGAGCCUUUUUAUCAUUACCAGGCCAUGGGCCCUGUAG